GAUGAUUGUUUCAACAGGAUCACAUUUCAUUGUGUAAGGUCCUAAAUACCUCAGGGGACAAGCUGUAACACACACUGUCUGUAAAGUGGGUGAUGGAGGAUGUCCGGCCUGGAACAGAAACGUCACUGUCUUCAUAUAAUGUGUUACUAGACACGGAUCAAGUCGCAACUGGAUCAGUCGAGUCUGUGCAAAUAGUAUAAUAUCCUGACAACAUCGUAACGCUUGUCGUGCAGUAGAAGGUCAAUAGUGACAUGCGUUGGUGUACAGUGUCGUGGACUAUAACGACAGGGUGAUUAUCGUCAACAUGGAUAACAUCUCCCACAUAGUUGUAUGAUGAUGUAUAGAUGGAAGAAUGAAUGACCACGGGUGGAGGAUUAGCCCAUCGGUGUUCUCUGUGACGAAGGAGAGUUCUCAGUUGAGAACGGGUUUAUGAAACGCUCCCUGAUCCUACAGCUGACGCUGCAUCAGCGGAGUGGACGCAGUCACCAUUGUAGUUUCCAGUGUUUGUGUGGCUUUCAUCCAUUAAAGAUACAUCGUCAUUCAAGUGGAAGAGAUGGAGUAUAUCCGGGUCCUGUUUCUGCUCUACGGAUGUAUUCCCCGUACACAGGGGUCGGUUGAGUUGACGGAAUAUCAAACAGGAUCCGCUUACACCUUGAUGUGCCGUAGCCUCCCCGGCAGCCAGACCAUCAACUGGUUCAGGAAUAACGAGCUGGUGAUACGGACACGUGAUGGUUCAAGGGGCCGGUGUGGACUAGAGCACAACCCCAGUGACACUUAUACUACCUACUUGUCAGGGCGUGUCAGUGUGAGCUGUGAUGCUGCCCAACACAAUGUGUCCCUCACGACAACUUCUCCCACAAACAGUGGUUCUGUAUGGCAGUGUGAGAACACUAGUCGAGACAAGAGCAACCGUCUAACUAUAGAAACAAGUCCGAAAGAAACGCCGCCAAACAACACACCAGGAUCAAUAUUUUCCACAACUUCUGGCGGUACACCAGGCACGUCAACUGCAACCACAACGAUGCUCACGACAAAACCUGAAACGUCGACUAUGGCCAGUGAAAGGGACAUGGCGACUGAUCACCUGGCACCAGCCCCCGUCUACAGCAACGUGGGCGAGGAGAUACAAGAAAAUGAAACAGUACUUGAGGAAAAUGACUUAUACGAGGGUUCGGUAGACAUCACACCCAGUCGGCAACUUACGGAGAUUGAUCACGCCGUCACAGAUGUCUACGCUGAAGUUCGGAAACCAAAGAAAGCUACGACGGCCCAGGCAGAUAAAGCUGAAUACGUCAACAUGAAAGAGCUGUAGGCAAAAAGGCCGGCAGGCUAAUAUAGAAAACAUGUCAUUAAACCGACUGGUCAAAAUACCCGUCAUUGUUCCAUGGAUCCUGAUGAGUACAGCUUUGACGAGUUGGUUAACAUGUUUGGAUUGAAAGCCAAGAGAGCAAGAAUUUGUAUUUCGCAUCUCUCUCUCUCACAACAUGGACAACACUUGGAAUACCACUCACGCAGCUUCUGGGUGCCAUUAAAUUCCGUUUCACGGUUCAUUCUAAACUAUCACAUUUACCUUUACCAAGACGCAUUAGCACUUUAAAUAAUUAUACUCUUCCAGUGGGGCCUCUUAUUGCGUAUCUGGUACAAUCGUUUUCCCACGAAGAUGUCCAAUAGCAUCACAUGCCUCAGUAAUGCUUUCAAACGUUUCAUGCAAGACAUAUGUGGGACAUUAACACAAAGACACAUCGGGGACCAAAGGGGACCAUGUGGCUGAUGUUGUUUCGUUGUCAUGUGUUUCUUCGUAUUACUUUUGUUUGUAUAACAGGAUACAGUUACCUUUUCGUGUGAUCAUCUCUUCUUGACAAAGAUUCCUACAAGGACAUUUAAGAUGCUUAUAUUCAAGUAGGCACAUCUGACCCUCUGGCAGAUACAUGGCACCAUGCAUGUAAACACUGUUACUGAAGGACAAGGUUUUGUAGUGUGAUACCACUGACCCGUAUGAUAGAGGACACUAUGUGGACAACUGCAACAUGGUCAGGAUUCAUUAUUCUGGUGAAUGUGACUCACAAAGUUGAUACUACCAUUUCCACACUAAUGAUCUUAACACGAUAUGAGAAUACGAUGUAUAUCUGCGAUACCAGACGUUCCAUUCUGUUGAUACAUCUUCAUCCAGCUGCUCUAAUUAAAACUUGUUGAUCAA